CAGAUUUGCAAUGUCAGCUCUGGUUGAACCCGAAAAAUUUCAGCACAUCUUGCGUCUGUUUAACACAAACAUUGAUGGAAAGGAUAAGAUCUCACAUGCUUUAACAGUAGUGAGGGGAAUUGGCCAUGCCUAUGCUCUGCUGGUGUGCAAGAAGGCAGACAUCCACCCGUGCAAAAAGGCGGGAGAGUUGACUGAGCGCGAGAUCGAGCAGAUGACCUUGGUGAUCAACAACCCCUUGGAGUACAAGAUUCCCCACUUCUUUCUCAACAGACGACGUGACAUCAAGGACGGCAAAUCUGGGCAGCUUAUCUCCAAUGCUCUGGACAACAAGUUGCGAGAGGACUUGGAAAGAAUGAAGAAGAUCAGGUGCCACCGAGGUCUAAGACACUUCUGGGGACUGAGAGUGAGAGGUCAACACACCAAGACCACCGGCAGAAGGGGACGGACUGUGGGUGUGUCCAAGAAGAAGUAGAGGAUAGCACCAAUCCAGCUGAAGCAGGAAGAUCCAGUUGCUAUUCAGUACUAUUUGUGCUCAUUUAAAUUUGUUCACGUUUUCGUGCAGUGUGCAUAAUGACAGUGACGUGCCGCAAAUAGUCCGAAUUAAACUGUUCAACUUGCA